GCACAAUUUGAUUAGAUCUAGAGCCAACACACAGUCAGGGGAAAGAGGUCAAUAGAUCGAUGGGUAAAUAACCCGACUUUCCCACCGACUGUUCUUAGUUGGCUCUUCGUUAUUCCCAUUCGUUCUUUUUCGUCGUCUUGACUGUCACUCGUUUAUACUAGUCGUUAUGCUGUCUUCCAACGUUCUACGUGCUCUGGCACUCCUUGUUGCUACUGUAAAUGCAGGCCCCUGCCGCCCAACAACAACUUUAGCUGGAAACACCAUCGAGGCCACUUCAACCGCGACUGUCAUCGAAAGCACCGCCGACCUGACAUCCACUAUCGUCGAGAGUGCCACAGAGGCUGAGACAACCGAUAUUCCCACCACUACCACGGCGAUCGUUGAAGAGUCUACCACUACCGACGCCGCAAGCACCACGACCAGCGCUGCAGUCGACAAUACUUCAUGCUCUACUAGUGACGACUGUGUUGCAAACACAGAAUUGUGUCUGGUUAAUGGGCUGAACUUGUGCGUUUGCCUGGACGCCGUGUGCGUAACCGUCGACUAAAUUCUGAGCCGCCACCAUGCCAAUUCUAUCAGCACAUCAAAGAGCCCAGAUAAACGCUUACUCAAGCUGAUGAAAACUUGAAAUACGGCCAUCGACUUGGGUUGCAUAAGUCAUUGGGUAUCGUGUACCGCACCGCAGAAUUGGAAGGCUUGGUGUAUCCUAUGUUUAAUUCUAUCUGAGCGAGGUUGGACCAAGGAAAAUGUUUUUGUCAUUAUUCCUUGAAAUUGAUACUUUAAACUGUAAUUUUUCCUCUGGCUUAUUAUUGAGAUAGGGAUAUCGAAUAAAAAAGAUAAUCCGUGCUUCAUUCAA